UUGCUCAGGACUCCUGGGAAAAGGGAAAUUGUUGCAACAUCCUCUUGGUAGCAGCAGCAACAUGAACCGUGAAGACCGGAAUGUGCUGCGUAUGAAAGAAAGGGAAAGGCGAAAUCAAGAAAUUCAGCAGGGUGACGAAGCCUUUCCACCCAACUCCCCUCUCUUUGCUGAACCUUACAAAGUGACCAGCAAAGAAGACAAGUUGUCCAGUCGUAUCCAGAGCAUGCUUGGUAACUAUGAUGAAAUGACGGAUCUCAUAGGAGACAGACCGCUCCAAAAGCUUGUUGCAAUUCCCAAACCGACCGUUCCAUCAGCACCCGACGAGAAAUCAAACCAAAGCUUCUUUGGUGAUCAGAGACACAGCACAGGCUCCCACCAGAGCAGCAAAUGGACUCCAGUGGGGCCGGCUCCCAGCACCUCCUCCCAGUCCCAGAAGCGCUCCUCGGGCCUGGCAGGGACGGGCAGCGCUCCGAUGGCACGGCACGGGCAAGCGGCCAGAGGCACGAACGCAUGGGCUGGAGCUAGGCGAAGCAGCAGCAGAAAAAAAAGCCAGAUGGGUCAUGAAAAACCCCGUUCUUCCACCUUGGAACCACUGCUGUUCCUGCGAUUGAGCUCCAGCCAUUCGAGAUCUCAUGGGAAUGAUCACCACAGCAAAGAACAUCAACGGUCAAAGUCGCCCCGGGAUCCUGAUCCCAGCUGGGACUCUCCCUCCCGUGUACCCUCAUUUUCAAGUGGACAACACUCUAAUCAGUCUUUUCCACCUUCACUAAUGUCCAAGUCCAGUUCAAUGUUACAGAAACCCACUGCAUACGUCAGGCCGAUGGAUGGGCAGGAAUCCAUGGAACCAAAGUUAUCCUCGGAACACUACAGCAGUCAGACCCACAGCAGCGCCGUGAACGAGCUGAAGCCCAGCAGCAAAGCACACCUAACCAAGCUGAAAAUUCCCUCUCAGCCACUGGAUGCAUCAGCAUCUGGCGAGGUGAGCUGUGUGGAUGAAAUCCUCAAAGAGAUGACCCACUCCUGGCCCCCUCCACUGACUGCAAUCCAUACACCAUGCAAAACUGAACCCUCCAAAUUCCCCUUUCCAACAAAGGAAUCUCAGCAGUCCAGUUUUGGCACUGGAGAACAGAAACGAUACAAUCCUUCGUCCAAAACAUCCAAUGGUCAUCAAUCCAAAUCAUGCGAAUCAAACCAGACAGAUAUGUUGAAAGAUGACUUAAAACUCAGCAGUAGCGAAGACAGCGAUGGAGAGCAGGACUGCGAUAAGACAGUGCCAAGGAGCACACCUGGAAGUAAUUCUGAACCUUCCCAGCAUAACAGUGAAGGAGCAGAUAACUCCAGGGAUGACUCGAGCAGCCACAGUGGCUCUGAAAGCAGCUCAGGAUCUGACUCGGAGAGUGAAAGCAGUUCCAGUGACAGUGAAGCCAAUGAACCAUCCCAGAGUGCAUCCCCCGAGCCAGAGCCACCACCGACAAACAAGUGGCAACUGGAUAACUGGUUGAACAAAGUCAAUUCCCAUAAAGUGUCACCAGCUUCUUCCGUGGACAGCAAUAUUCCAUCCUCCCAAGGCUACAAAAAAGAGGGACGGGAUCAGGGCACAGGGAGUGGGUACACUGAUCAAGGUGGAUCCAAGGAUUCCAUUUCUUCUACACCAGGGAGAGAUUCCAAACCCACCCAGAAGGGCUCGGAGAGCAGUCGGGGCAGGCAGAAAUCGCCUGCCCAGAGUGACAGCUCGGCACAGAGGAGGACUGUGGGGAAAAAACAGCCCAAGAAAGCAGAAAAGACAUCUGUGGAAGAGCCUAGAGGAGGUCUUAAAAUAGAAAGUGAAACCCCAGUAGAUAUGGCAACAAAUAUCCCUUCAAACAGGCAUAAGGCGGCCACAAAAGGCUCCAGGAAACCCAAUAUAAAGAAAGAGCCCAAGUCUUCCCCUCGGCCUACGACAGAGAAAAAGAAAUACAAGGCUUCAAGCAAAUCUGCCCAGAAAUCCAGGGAAUUCAUCGAAACAGAUACCUCAUCCUCUGAUUCAGAUGAAAAUGAGAGUCUGCCUCCUUCAUCACAAACACCCAAAUACUCUGAGAGCAAUAGGACUCCUGUUAAAUCUUCCAUGGAGGAGGAUGACAGCUUUUUUCGGCAAAGAAUGUUCUCUCCUAUGGAAGAGAAAGAGCUUCUUUCACCACUCAGUGAUCCUGAUGAAAGGUACCCACUCAUUGUGAAGAUUGACCUGAGCCUCUUAUCCCGAAUACCAGGGAAGCCUUACAAGGAUGAUGCACCCAAAGUGGAGAAGAAAAGCGCCCCGGAGAAGCACCCCAGGGAAUCCCAGAAACAGCCGUCGGACAAAAGUUCUACAAAAGGCAAAAGGAAACACAAACAGAAUGAGGAUGAAAACAGAGCCAGUGAAAGCAAGAAAACGAAACUGGAAGAAAAAGCUCCAUCAGGACACAAGACUUCCAGCAGUAGGGAGUCUUCAAAGCCAAGUGCUGUUAAAGAGAAGGAUUUACUGCCAUCUCCUGCUGCCCCAGUCCUACAGAAAGAUUCCAAGCAGGAACACGGGUCCCGGAAGAGGACGGUCAGUCAGUCAUCAUCCUUAAAAUCCAGCAGCAACCCAGGCAAGGAAAGCAGCAGUGGCAGCAAAAGCAGCUCCUCUUCCAAACAGAAGAAGACAGAGGGGAAGGGUUCCAGUAGUGCCAAGGAAGCCAAGGAAAAGAUUGUGAACAAUUCCUCCAGCUGCCCUCCUGCCUCUGCUCAGGCUACGGAAAGUGCAAAGUCAAGGAGAGCAAAGCUCGUUUUUGAUGAUAGGACUUACUCAGCUGAUCAUUAUUUGCAAGAAGCAAAGAAGCUGAAACACAAUGCAGAUGCUUUGUCGGACAGGUUUGAGAAGGCCGUGUACUACCUGGAUGCUGUCGUGUCCUUCAUUGAGUGUGGGAAUGCAUUGGAGAAAAAUGCUCAGGAAUCCAAGUCCCCGUUCCCUAUGUAUUCAGAAACUGUGGAAUUAAUCAAAUACACUAUGAAACUGAAGAAUUACUUGGCACCGGAUGCGACGGCUGCGGACAAAAGGCUGGCAGUGCUUUGCCUUCGGUGCCAAGCUCUGCUGUACCUGAGGCUUUUCAAACUGAAAAAGGAAAGUGCAUUGAAAUACUCAAAAACUCUGACUGAACAUCUGAAGAAUUGCUACAAUAAUUCUCAAGCACCAUCACCUGGUAUGGGAAGCAAACCUGUUGGGAUGCCGUCUCCAGUGUCUCCAAAGCUGUCUCCAGGGAAUUCAGGAAAUUACUCUUCUGGGGCAGCCAAUCCUUCAGGGAGCGGGUCCUCGGUGACGAUCCCACAGAGGAUCCAUCAGAUGGCUGCCAGUUAUGUCCAGGUCACGUCCAACUUCCUCUAUGCCACUGAAAUUUGGGAACAAGCUGAACAGCUGGCAAGAGAACAGAAAGAGUUCUUUGCUGAACUGGAUAAAGUUAUGGGCCCUCUGGUUUUUAACACGAGCAUCAUGACCGAGCUGGUGCGUUACACCCGGCAGGGCCUGCACUGGCUGCGCCUCGAUGCCAAGUGAGGCUGGAACUGAAGGAACCCAAAAUCAAACCCAUUUUUCUCGCUGCCUCUGAUUUCUCUCCACAACACUGUGUCAUGUCAAUAAGGAAGACUGCCAUAACACAUUGCUUAGUUGACACUAAGAGCAAGGAAUGCUUUCCCAUGUCUCCCAUCCUCAUUUGUGUUUUGUGUUUAACCCCAAAUCAGCUGGUUCAUGGACUUCUUCAGUAUUCCCGGUUUAAGUUAUUUAAAUAUUUUAAAAUUUGCUACAUGAAAGUUGUAGUUUUGCUGAUCUGUCAUGGAUAGAUCAUUGGAAUUCCAGUCACAAUACACAAAUAGUCAGUUUAAAUCCUAUUUAUUUUAAUUUUUGUAAUUUUAAUUUUGAAAAGCCCCAUUGGGGGCCGGUUUUAGCUAUUUCUUCUUCCCUAAAUUUUCCCUUUUGAGUACUUAGAAAUUAAACCUAGACACUUUAUUUAAGUACUUUGUGAGCUUUGUUACUCUGUAAUGUCUUGUGGUGAUAGAGCCUGUAAAAGGAACUAGGGUUGAUAGGUUCUAACGUGUAGGGACACCAUACUUCUCAUGCCUAAUGCCUAUGAGUCGACUAAUAAAUGACAACUACAGAUUUAUUAUUGCAGAAUUUGUACUAAAUAGAAAAGUUCCAGAUAUUCUUCUACGUAUUGAGAUACUUCAUUUAAAUGAAUUAUAAAGAAAUUUAUAUGGAGAAAUAUUUAGCUGGAUCUGACUUGGAUUGUUUUCAAGGCAGUUUCAAGCCAUCGAUUAACACUAUAACAAUCACAAAACAUUACAGUAAUUUGCAUUUAAUGUAACAUCCAAGUAAUGGUGUAGGAAUGACCUUCAGUCCGAUGGGUGCGAUGCAAACAGGAAAGGCUUUGGAAAAGGACAAUCUUGUGCUUUUUUGCAUCUCUUCAUUUAAAAUACCUUUUGUUUCCGUGCUUGUCACUUUUUGACACUUACAAAAUGGGUGAACUUUGUGGUUAAAACUCAACAGUAGUUAAAUUCCUACCAGAACUGUCAUUUGCAUCUUUUCCAUUGACUGAGAAACCAGGAAUCUUUAGUAGAACUCGAGGUCCAUUUUGUCUUCUUGGGGUCUGCUGGGUGAUGGACACUACAGGCUGGCAGUGCUGCAGCCACCGUGGGGUGGAAGCUCACCUGCUCCUGCAGGGAAACGACUGUUCUGGUGCAGAAUGGAUCUAAAACUUGGCUUUACCCCGUGGUAAUGAAGGUCCUGUUAACAUUUGAUGGAGCGUAACAUUUGCUCGGUGCAACACAAAUGGUUCUGGAGUUGCAGUUGGCUGCUCUCAGAGUGCAAACCAAAGUACCUUUCACAUGAGGUGCUUGUCUGAGUAAAAGGUUUCAAAUGCUACUGCUUUCAGUAUUGCUUAGUGCCCCCAACAUGUCUGGUGUGCCUUAUGCCUUACUUUUAGAUGAAGAUUUUAUGAACUGUUUACAAGAUGUUUUACAGCAGGACCAGGUAUACUGUAUGCAGUGGUCUUCUGCAGUACUUGGGUAAAAUUCCAUUUCCUUUUUCCAAGUCCCAGUGUCUGUCACACAAACUGACUCAUCGUGGUGGUCUCCUUUCCAAGAGUCCAACUCUGAAUCCUUUGGAGUGAGAUUGUGGAAUGCUGCUUUGUUUUCUCUCCCAUUGAACCCUUUAUUCUGUACCAGAUAUGAACGUGCAUGUUCAGGAAAAUUAUUGCACUAAAUUUUUUGUGUAGGUGUAGUUAAGUGCCAAAAUCACGGCAACCUCGAGAGAAGGAAUAGAAUUCUACGCUCCUUAGUACUGCAGUAUGUCCUAUGGGCUUUAAGAGUUUAGAAGUUUUGCAAAUUAGUAACCUACUACAAGGUAGCUGCAUAUUCGUAGAGCUUCCUUUGCGUCCCAGCGUGUUUUGUACUUCCAGAAAAGCUUUGCUACGUCCGGAUUGAUACAUUGAGUAACAGACCUGUGGUUUUCCCUGGUCGCUGAAUUGACUCUUCAGGUCUGUUGGAGCAUCCUUUUUAUGGAAUCACUGUGCAAGGUCACGUUUCUGUUAGUCUUUGCUGUUGGAGACAGAACUCUGUACCCUCAAACUCCCUGUCGUGGGCAUGGGACACUGUCAGCUGUGUUUCCUUUCCUACUCUGAAGUGCCUCGCACACCUCUGACGCUGUAGAAAUACCUUUGUAGAAGUUGCAUUCAUGGUUGGUUUUGUGUGUAGUGCUGCACUAGCCAGCAUGGCUGUUCUUGGCUUGCUCCUUUGUGCACAGUCACCAUUGCUCUCAGCAGGAAUGGUCUCAUCUCUGGGAAUUUUUUUUUCCUUAACUAGAGUCCCACAAAUACCUUUUGGUGUCACGCUAAAUUGGUCUCCUAAAAAUGCAUCGCUUAUCCCCAGAUCAUUGGAUCUUAGAAAUUGUCUUCAAAUGGACAGGAGGCUUUUUGCAUCAUGUCAAAAUGUGGACCUGAGCUGGUUGGAAGUGUCCCAGCUGAACAGGGUGCUCUGUGGUGGAAUAUCCUCUGGAGUGCUGUCCCAUGUGUCCUGUUGGUGCAGGAGAUCUGCAGUGGGCUUGGUAAUGGAUCAGAAAUGCCUUGUGCAUCUGGGACUGUUGCAAACAGAUCAGUUUAGCCUUCACAAUUCCAAAAGCGUAUGUUAAUUUGGGAUCCACCAUUGUUUCCAAGAGGAAAGUUAUGAACUUAGUCAGAUCUCAUAGCCAAAAAAAAUAAGCAAGUAUGUCCUAGGUUUCAAUCCCUCUGCCCAGGUGAGAGGAGGGUCUGUUCCUGUCCUUCCGCACCUCCAGCACCACAGUGGGAGUGCAGGUCACUGCAGCACCAACACUCAUCUCAGUGGUGACUAAGGAGGGACUCCCCAGCUUCUGGCUUCCCAAAUCAUUCCCUGGACAGGUGUGUAUUAAUACGUAUCAACACCGUAAUCUUAAUUCCCUCGCUGAUCGUGGUCCCAGUUGGUGAAUCUUAAGAAUGGCUCAAUCAGACUAGGCUUGCUCAGCUGUUUGACUUUGCUCUCAGACUUGCAGGUUCCAGGUGAUAAGGUGCAACCAUUUAUAAUUCCAAACAAAUCUUCAGGACACCAGAGUAAACCAGCCCAAGAGUUUUGUUUUGAUUUGAAUCUCGUAGCCAUAAAGCAGAGCGGGCGGAUGGCUCUCCUUGGCUUUUGAUGGCAGUAUGCAAUUUGUAUUGUAUGUGUCUUUUAAUAUGUAUGUAUAUAUAUAUGACUCAGUCUGUCCAAAGUAUAUGUUAUACUUGUUUUUAGAUUAUGGUGCAACUGACUAUAUUGAUAUAUUAUUUAUUGAGUGCUGAGUCACCAUCUUAUUGGUGAUAAAUAUUGCAUAUUAUCCAGGAGUGCAAUGUAUAUUCCUUUAGAUUGCUGAGGCUUGAUUGCUGUGGUAACAAAAAAUGCCCUGAAAUGUAUUUAUGAAUGGCCCCUACACACAGAGAGUCAGAAUUUAUGGGAAUGAUGUAGCACUUGCCUGGGGCAAGUAAAAUAAGGCCGUAGGCAGAGAAUUAUGGAGUUUGCCCAAAUGGCAAACUGCUGGAAAGAGAGAGAGAAACUACCUUUGUUGUAUUUAAUGUAAUUUUCUGAACAGAUCUUUGCUGUCACUGCAGUGUUUGUAUUGAGGCAGAUCCACAAGGGCCUGAGCAAGUCGAGUUUGAAUUACCCAUUGGGGAGUAAACAACUUCCAAAUUCUUACCUUUCCGACAAAUCCUUCGGUCAGGGUUUAAAUUUCUCCAUCUGAUGUGUCAGUGUUACGGAAAACCCCGUGUUUCCAAUCAACAAAGUUAGUGCCAGACAUCUUAAAGUACAGAGAGGAGCCAGAGCUUUUGCUCGCCAACUCAUGCAGAGCCAGAGCUAUUCCAGGAGAGGGUUUCCCAGGUAGGAAGGUUGUCACUGGGGAAUCGUGGUGUGUCCAGCUCCGAUGCUGUUUGAGGACUCGGUCUGUGGUGCCAUUUGGGAGGGGAAGGCAGGGAAGGAAGGGGCACCUGUGCCAUCAGGAAUUGCUCUCAGGGGGAGUGUGGCAGAGCUGGGUUCCCCUUGGACCUUCCAGAGCCACUGGCUCAGCCGAGUGUCCCUCAGUCCACUGUCUGAGCAAUUCCAGCUGCUGUGCUGCAGCAUGGAGUGAGCUGGGCUGUCUGUAUGUCCAUGCUUCACCUGUUUUAUUUCACCUGGAAACUUCAUGGAAAUGUGCCCAUUCCUGGUGUAACUCCAGCCAAUGUAGGAAAAUGGCAAUGCAGUGUUCCCUGUCUUCAGUUUUAUAUGCAACCCUCCUGUGGUGGAGCUGGGGGCACAGUGCUGCUGCAGCAGCUCCUUGGGGCUGCCUUGGCAUUCCACAUCCCAAACUCAACUCUAAGGACCAGGAAUGACUCUUCAAGCACAGUUCCUGACAUUUGUAUCUGGUCCCCCUUUUAAAUUGUUUUAAAAAAAUUUUGUAUAUGGAGGAUAAAGUGCUUAUAUAUUUAUUAAAAAUCCUUUAUCUUAUUUGAAAUUAUUAUUUGGUGAAGAAGGGGUUUUUCUUUUGGGGGAGGGCUGGGGGGGGAGGUAACUUUUAACCUGUCACUUAUAAAUGAAGCCCUGAUUAAUCCUACAGAAAGGUACUGUUAGUAACUAAUGGGAUGUCUCUGUUUUAUGCUUUGUACAUGACAAGUCCAUGUGUUACAUUUUGUUUUCUAUCAAAAGAUUUGGGCAUCUGUCUUCAACCAAAACCUGAAAAAAUAAACAAACUGUGAUUUUAUUUGUUGCAAUACAUUUGAAAUUUCAAAGGGUACUUUGGGGCUCAAAAUUAGGAUUUCUAAGUCAGUAUGUGCAUUUCACGUAAUAAAGCUGUUAAUGGUGAGCAAAGUAUUAUAUACUAACUAGAUUUUUUCCACAUCUGUAUAGUAUAUUCUAUGUAUUUUGUGGUAUUGAGAUUAUAGAAAGUUUAGUGUCUGAAACAUGCGUUUAAUGUGUAUUUUUAAACAAAUUUAUGGCAAUUAAAAUAUUUGGAGAAAAGGGUAUCACAUUUCAAUUUGUAAAGAUCUUUUUAACUACUGUGUCAUUAAAAUGCUUUGUACAAUGCAAAACUGUAACUGGAGAAACUAAGUUUAAUAAAUAUCAAAUAGAUUUUCUGUAUUAAACUUCCAA